UUGUGAUUCCCCCUCCUUCAGCUGGUCUGUCAUGAAAAUAUAUAUUUACAUGUGGAUAUAUUUAUCUUACUUGGGUUCAAUAAUCAGCUUAUUCUGUUUCAAUACAUGGAGACACUUUCUGCUAGAAUCAGUGGUUUCUAUUUCUCUAUUUAAUCGGGGAGGAAAGAAUGAAAUAUCUUUAUUUACAGAAGUUAAAAUAUUUGUUCAUUUUUUUUUUUAUGGAAUUAAACACCAGCAGAGAAAUCAAUGUCAGCAAAUCUCUCUAUAAGAUAUUUACUAAAAUCACACUUGGAAGACAUUAUUUAAUUUAUAUAAAUACAUUUCAGCAGCAAACUCAACUGGAGUGGAGUCGAGCCAUCUGCUGAUGAAGCUGGUCCACAGUCAGAAGUGGAAGCAUCUGGCUGUGGUCGAGCCGUCGCCAAAGGCUGGUGAGGGGAAAGGAGUGCUACCAACCAAACACUUCCCCAAAAACUCCAUCCUGUGUGAUUAUCACAGAGAGCUCAUCUCUGGUGCAGAGGGGAGGAGGAGAAUGGCUGCAAGAAGCAACCAGAUGGGCUACUCCUUCUUCUUUAAGGCUGGCUCUGCUGACCUCUGCGUGGACGCCCAUGAUGCCCCGUGCUCGUGCCACCCUGACAUGGAGACUUUUGGCAGACUUCUCAAUCACUCCAGAAAAAACCCAAAUGUGAGGCCUGUAAACUGCCUCGUGCAGUUCCCAGAAGGACCACAGCAUGUGAUCCUUUUUAAAGCAAUGAGGGACCUGCAAGUAAAUGAAGAGCUGCUUUUUAACUAUGGGGUGAGGGAAAAAAUCCUUUGGUGGGGAGGGAGCUGAUCUCACCUGGUUGGAGGACUGACUUAAAAUGUCUGCUGUUCACACAUGUAAAUAUGUACAUAUUGUUUAAAGAUACAA